CCGUCUUAUUUAAUUCUAAACAGCAUAGAAAAACACUGGAAUGAGAUCCAGGCACAUUGCACAUUAAAUUUAAAUUCAUUAAAAGAAAUAUUAUAUUUCAUAUUUGAUACCAACAUCUGUAAAUUUAAUAACCGUUAUUACAAACAAACAGCAGGCACUCCUAUGGGAAGCUCAUUAUCGCCAAUCAUGUGUAAUUAUGCUCUUGAUGAUCUCAUUGAAGAAUGUUUAAAAAUAAUACCUUUUCAUAUUCCAUUUGUCAAACGUUUUGUAGAUGAUUUGAUCCUAGCAGUACCCAAUGAUAAAAUAAAUGAGGUUUUAAAUAUUUUCAACAACCAAUGUAGCCAACUACAGUUCACUGCAGAAAGAGAACAAAACAACAGUCUCCCUUUUCUGGAUAUGCUAGUCCAUCGCACUCAAGAUAAUAGUCUCAAAACAGAAUGGUAUCGAAAACCGAUUUCUAGCAAUAGAUUCAUAAAUUACUAUUCUGAACAUCCUACAAGAACAAAAAUAAAAUUAAUUUUGGGACUAAAAAGUCGAGUAAUAAAAAUAUCUCAUCCAACAUAUAGAGAAAAGAGUUUGAAGAGACUAAAAAACAUAUUAAUGGAAAACUCUUAUCCAGUAGGACUACUUAAUAAAUUAAUUUUUAGUACUGCUACCUCUCCAGCUUCCAUCACAUUGAUUGACAAUACCAACAAUAAAAAACCACCCACAGUGAAUAUGGCAAGCCAAGAAAGAAACACUAGCCCAACAAUCGACACCUUAGUACCAACAACACCACAAACAUUUGGAUCUUUACCUUAUAUUCCAUUCUUAACACCAAAACUUCUCAAAUUAUUUAAAGGACUCGAAAACAUAAAAAUUGCUACCAGAAACGUUAAAACUAUAGCACAUUUAUACACCAAAACUAAAGAUCCACUUACGACUAAGGAAAGUUCAAAAGUUGUGUAUCAAAUACCUUGCUCAGACUGCGAUAAGGUUUAUAUAGGAGAAACAUCUCGGACAUUACACAGCAGAAUAAUUUCCCACAGAAGUGAUAUUAAUACAAAAAAAAUCGCAAGCUUGUGCAUUAGCAGAUCACUCAAUUAAUCUAAAUCAUACAUUUAAUUUUUCACAAGCGUCAAUCUUAGAGAGGGUGAAAAAUGAACAGAAAAGGUUAUUUGUAGAAAUGACACACAUCCAGAAAAAUAGAAAAUGUAUAAAUAGAAAGUCAGAUAUAGACAAAUUAAGUAACAUUUAUUGUUACAUAUUAGCAUAUCAACAAACAUUUGACACAACAUCAUAAUCUGAUUUUCUAUCGUACAUUCCACCAUUAAAAAUUCAUUUUAUGCUGGUAGACACAUUGACUGGACUAAUUUACUUUACAUCAAUCAAAUUAAUAACUGUAAUUAUAAAAAAAAACUAUUGUUACUGGUUUUGCUUUCCUUCUAAAGAAAUGGUAUACACUUCAUACAUGUUGAACAACGAACCAUGGACACAACAUAAUGUAAUAGAUUGACUAAAAUUAUUUAAAUAUUUUAAUAUGUGUGUGAUUGUCCUUCUAGUAAAGUUUCAACUUUUUCAACCAAUCUCAACGACUAAUGUCUUGAAAAAGAAUUAAAUAUAAUUCGAAAGCUUGACAGUAAGUCAAAGAGUUUUCUUUGUCUUGUGGGCCAAAUAAACUGACUGCAUCCUCAAGAGUCACUACUUGAUAUAUAUAUAUAUAUAUAUA